AUGUCCAAGUUCGAGUCCUUCCCGCGUCCCACCCGGACAUACCACGCGCACACCUACGACCGUAUCUCCAAGCACCACGGCUUCCACGGCGCGGGCAAGACCAUCCUGGUGGCAGGCGGCUCGUCCGGCGUGGGCUACAGCAUCUGCCAGGCGUUCGCCGAGGCCGACGUGGCGCGCAUCGCCAUUAUCUCCCGCUCGCCGGGGCCGCAGGCCACCGCGCGGGCGGCGCUCGAGGCCGCGCACCCCACGGUGCAGAUCGUCACCUACGCGGCGUCGAUCACCGACCACGCGCGCAUGGCCGCCAUCCUCGACGAGCUCGGCCCGGUUGACGUGCUGGUGCUGAGCGCCGCCGUCGUGCACCGCCUGGGACCCGCCACCGCGGUGACGGCCGCGGAGAUGCAGGCCGCGUUCGACGUCAACGUCCUCGCGCCCUUCCACCUCGUCCAGGCGUACCUGUCCACGGCGCUGCCGGCCGCGGGCACGAAGACCAUCAUCCACGUCUCGUCCGCCGCGGCGCAGACGCGCAGCCCCGGGCGCGUCGGCUACGGUCCCAGCAAGGCGGCCGCGACCCAGGUGAUGCAGCACGUCGCGGCCGAGCGCGCCAAUCCCGCGCUCCGCGUGUUCUCCUUCCACCCGGGCGCAUUCUACACCCCCUCCGUCGCAGUUCAUUAUGCCGAGGAUGCGACGCCGUGGGAGGAUAUCAACCUGCCGGCGCACUUUGCGCGCUGGUUGGCGGGCCCCGAGAGUGCUUUCUUGAAUGGCAGGUACCUGUGGGCGCAUUGGGAUGUGGAUGAGUUGAUGGCCCUCAGGGACCGGGUGGAGCGGGAUAGUAGCUUUUUGACCAUCGGGCUGGUCGUGUAA